GACGUACCGGUGCCCACCACGGGAUUAUAAGAACACCCACCCCUCCAGCCCUAUGCCCCCAUCCCUCCUGCUGCUCUUCCCCUCCCAACUACUUCCACGAGUCACAGUCCAACCCAUUCGACCAUCACUCUCACUCACUACCAACCCAUCCCACACCUUCCAAUCACUUUUUUCCACUUCCUCAGCCCAGUCCAUCUCUCCCACCUCGCACCUCUCUAUCAAGAAAAGGAUGCCGCCCAAGAAGACUGUUGUCGAGAAAAAGGCUCUGCUGGGCAGACCUUCCAACAACCUUAAGAUCGGGAUCGUCGGGAUGCCCAAUGUCGGAAAGAGUAGUCUGUUCAAUGUGAUUGCCAAGUGUGAUCUCGGUAAAAGCGCCAAUUUUCCCUAUGCUACCAUCGAUCCUGAGGAGGCUCGGGUACCAGUACCAGAUGAACGGUUCGACUGGCUAUGUAGUGUAUACAAGCCCACCAACAAGAUCCCCGCCUUCCUCACCUGUAUCGACAUUGCUGGUCUCACUGCUGGUGCUUCCACGGGUGCUGGACUCGGGAAUGCAUUCUUGUCCCACGUCCGUGCGGUCGAUGGAAUCUUCCAAGUCGUCCGUGCUUUUGAUGAUGCCGAGGUGAUCCAUGUGGAGGGAGAUGUAGAUCCGAUUCGGGAUAUGGAGAUCAUUCAUACCGAGCUUAAACUCAAGGAUAUCGAAUGGGUCGAGAAACAUUACGAAACGAUCAAGAAGAGCUUCCGUGGCACCGGGACGGCUAACCUGGCUGACAAAGCCAAGAAGGAGGAGAUCGACAUCACCGGCAAGGUCCUGGCAUGGUUGAAGGAUGAGGGACGUGACGUACGAAAGGGAGACUGGAAUAACAAAGAGAUCGAUGUGAUCAACACGCUUCAGCUCUUGACUGCCAAGCCGGUGACCUACCUGAUAAACUUGUCAGAGACCGAUUACAUCCGGAAGAAGAACAAGUGGCUUCCGAAGAUCAAGGCGUGGAUCGAUGCCAACAAUCCAGGUGAUCUGUUGAUUCCAUUUUCGGUGGCACUCGAAGAGCGAUUACUCCAGCUCGGGGUGGAUGAUGAAGUGCCCGCUCGUAAAGAGGAGCUGGCCAAGAUCGGAACGACCUCAGCCCUCGGUAAGAUCACCACCGCGGGUUAUGCUAGCUUGCAUCUCAUUCGCUACUUCACCACCGGUCCCACCGAAGUGAGAGCUUGGACUAUCCGAAAAGGAACCAAAGCUCCUCAAGCUGCCGGGGUCAUCCAUUCCGACUUUGAGAACAAGUUUGUAUGUGGUGAAAUCAUGACCUACGGCGACCUCAAAGAACAUGGUUCUGAAGUUGCGGUCAAAGCGGCUGGGAAAUAUCGACAACAAGGCAAACCUUAUGAGAUGCAGGACGGUGAUAUCGCCUUCUGGAAACAUGGUUGAUCAUCCUCGUAUCAUCCCUCUUAUAUCGACUUGGCAUUUUUUCAAUAAUGAUAUUUUAUUAUCGACCCCGGUCUCCCAAACAGGAUCGUCGUCUUGUGUUUGAUUCAUGUUGAAACCCCAAUGUCUCCCCCCUUCUCAUUUGUAUUUUUUUCUGUCUCUUUUCAUUUGAAUCCAUGUUUUUAAAUGUAUAUUGCUUGGAUGUCGAAUCCCCCAAAAGCCCCUGAGUAACGCGAACCAACAAUACCUUAAAUCAAACAGUGAAAAAUGUGUAUCUCUUACCAAUAAUGAAGUUAGAGUCUGUAGUUAGUACCUUUG